AGCAACUGCAUCAAGACCUCCAAGUACAACAUCGUCACCUUCCUGCCUGUCAAUCUCUUCGAGCAGUUCCAGGAAGUGGCCAAUACCUAUUUCCUGUUCCUCCUCAUCCUGCAGCUGAUCCCGCAGAUCUCUUCACUCUCCUGGUUCACCACCAUCGUGCCUUUGGUUCUUGUCUUAACCAUCACAGCUGUCAAAGAUGCCACCGACGACUAUUUCCGCCAUAAAAGCGACAACCAGGUGAACAACCGGCAGUCUCAGGUGCUGAUCGGCGGAGUCCUCCGGCAGGAGCAGUGGAUGAACGUCCGUGUCGGAGACAUCAUCAAGUUGGAGAACAACCAGUUCGUGGCGGCUGACCUCCUCCUCCUCUCCAGCAGCGAACCCCAUGGGUUGUGCUACAUAGAGACCGCGGAGCUGGACGGAGAGACCAACAUGAAGGUGCGGCAGGCCAUCCCCGUCACCUCAGAGCUGGGUGACACCAGCAAGCUGGCUCGGUUUGACGGUGAGGUGAUCUGUGAACCCCCCAACAACAAGCUGGAUAAGUUUGGCGGGACGCUGUACUGGAAGGAGAGCAAGUACCCCCUGAGCAACCAGAACAUGCUGCUGCGAGGCUGCGUCCUGCGCAACACCGAGUGGUGCUUUGGCCUCGUCGUCUUUGCAGGGCCCGACACAAAACUGAUGCAGAACAGCGGCCGGACGAAGUUUAAGCGGACGAGCAUUGAUCGGCUGAUGAACACGCUGGUGCUCUGGAUCUUCGGGUUCCUGGUGUGCAUGGGGGUGAUCCUGGCCAUCGGCAACGCCAUCUGGGAGCACGAGGUGGGCGUCUGCUUCCAGAUCUACCUGCCCUGGGACGAGGGGGUGCACAGUGCCUUCUUCUCUGGCUUCCUCUCCUUCUGGUCCUACAUCAUCAUCCUCAACACUGUGGUGCCCAUCUCGCUCUAUGUGAGGUAG